GUUUUGACACGGUGGGCGUGACGUCAGGGGAUUAUUUGCAUACUGCGCAGUAUUUAUAGUGUGAUUGACGCUGGAGACAUCACUCUGCCGCUGCGCCAACGAGACCUCCGUCCUGUCAUUUCUCUGACCAAAAACAAAACCCUGAGCCUCUGGAAACAUGGCUGACAAACCCGAUGUCACAGAAGUCACAACCUUCGACAAGACCAAGCUGAAGAAGACAGAGACUCAAGAGAAAAACACAUUGCCAACCAAAGAAACCAUUGAACAGGAGAAGACGGAGUCAUCAUGAAGACUGGUCCUCUUGUGCACUGUACAUUCCACAAGCCUUGCCCUUUUUUUUUUUCAACAUGUAUUCCAAGCUGCAGAAUUUACUAAUUGACAAAACGUUGGCUGUGCAACCACACACCACUCACUUGCCUAGAUGUCCCUCUGGCACAGUGAGGAAGUGUGGCUCAGUGUCGGCAUGAGUUCCUGGUCACCCGUUCUACUGUGGCUGAAUCUCAAGGUGUGUCAUUCAACAACUGUGGGACCUACAUUUCAUGAUUAGUAGUCCUGCUCUGGCCACCUGUGACUGCUCACAAAGCAAGCUGUGUUUCUUUUUGUAAAAAUCUGGAAUGCACAAGUUUGUUAAAUAUGCAAAAUAAAAAAUGUAAACUGA